UGCUCCAGCAACCGCAUUACACACACGCACACACCACCUCGACCCCGAUCUCCCCUGUUCUCGGCGUGCCUGCCCUGUUCAGAGCUGUGCUCCGACCCCCGCGCGUGCCGUACAGGCCAGAGACAGCCAUGGUGGUGCUCGCCAACCCGCCUGUCGUCGACCAGAUCCCGCUCCUGCGGUCCCCGGGGCCCAGGGAUAGCUUCGCCGCCGUGCCGGUCGUCGACCUGUCCGGCCCCGGCGCGGCGCGGGCGAUCGUCGACGCCUGCGAGCGCUUCGGGUUCUUCAAGGUCGUCAACCACGGCGUCGCCGCGGCCACCAUGGACAGGGCCGAGACCGAGGCCAUCAGGUUUUUCGCGCAGGCGCAGGCCGACAAGGACCGCGCCGGCCCGGCCUACCCGUUCGGGUACGGCAGCAAGCGGAUCGGCCUCAAUGGCGACAUGGGCUGGCUCGAGUACCUCCUCCUCGCCGUCGACUCCGCGUCGCUCUCCGACGCCUGCUCCGUGCCCUCGAACGCCGCGUUCCGGGCCGCGCUGAACGAGUACAUCGCGGCGGUGCGGAAGGUGGCGGUGCGCGUGCUGGAGGCGAUGGCGGAGGGCCUGGGCAUUGCGCCCUUGGACGCGCUGAGCGCGAUGGUGACGGAGCAGGGGAGCGACCAGGUGUUCCGCGUGAACCACUACCCGCCCUGCCCCGCGCUCCAGGGCCUGGGCUGCAGCGCCACGGGUUUCGGUGAGCACACCGACCCGCAGCUCGUCUCCGUGCUCCGCUCCAACGGCACGUCCGGCCUCCAGAUCGCGCUUCGCGACGGCGCGCAGUGGGUGUCCGUGCCCUCCGACCGCGACGCCUUCUUCGUCAACGUCGGCGACUCCCUGCAGGUGCUGACCAACGGGAGGUUCAAGAGCGUGAAGCACCGGGUGGUGACCAACAGCCUCAAGUCUAGGGUUUCCUUCAUCUACUUCGGCGGGCCGCCGCUGGCGCAGCGGAUCGAGCCGCUGCCGGAGCUGCUGGGGGAGGGCGAGGAGAGCCUGUACAAGGAGUUCACGUGGGGCGAGUACAAGAAGGCCGCGUACAAGACGAGGCUCGGCGACAACAGGCUGGCCCAGUUUGAGAAGAAGUAGCAGGCUAGCAGCCGCGCGCGCGCAGGGCCGGGCCGGUCAAGCACCAGCUUUACUGGACAGCCAGCCAGGCAGCUAGCGCUCCAGGUACUACCGGUAGUAGCUACGCCAUGGAGACGGCGAGGCAGUUACUUGCAGGUUUGGAAUGAUGGCAAGCUAGAAGGAGAUGUGUACAGCUGGGGACCGGCCAGUAGUAGCUAAUUAAGCCAGUAGGAGUAGAUUUUUGUGGUGGGUGCAGGGUUUCCGCAAGGUGCUAACGACCUGUUUGGUGAGGUGGGGGCUACUUGCCUAUUUCGGCAUCUGCUGGAUGGCCAGGACUGGUGAUGAGCAGCCGCCGGUAGUUAGCGUUAACCGAAAUAGCAUGGAGCUAAGGGAGAUCCUUCCUCCCUAGCUCGCUUUCACAAUAGCUCGCUGCUUGUGCCUUGCAUAUAUUUCUUUUUUCAGUUUUUGGACCAAGUAAUGUGUGUUUUGUGGUGUAAAUGGAAGGAUCUGUGUGCCUAUGUGGA